AUGCCAUAUAUCGACCCCAUACGCUCCUAUGGCAGAGAUCCUUCCACCCCCUCAUCCUCCUCUAAAUCUCAUAUCCCAUCGAACUUGUCGCUGACGACCGCUUCCUCUUUCUCUCUCCACGCCGAAUCCCUUCCCAUCCUCAUCCCCAAAUCCCAAUCUCGUCCCGACGCCUUCAUCUCCCCUCCCGAUAUCACAACUCUUCAUCUCUCAUCAGAGAUACUACGUCACGGCAAACACGCCCAAUCGCCGUCUGGACAAAGUCAACAGCAAUCACAGGGCUCAACGCAAUCUCAAUCGCAAAGAAAUAAAGCCUCAGCGCAGCAGCAUCAGCAGCAGGCGCAACAACAGCAAUACCAACAACAACAACAGCAGCAGCAACAGCAGCAGCACCAACAGCAACAGCAACAAGCUCAAGCUCAGGCAUACUAUAACAACGAGAUGCCAACCCAAGGGCUUGCUGCCGGCAAGGCCGCCGCCAGCUCCCCCAACUAUCGAGAGGAGGCCGAGCGUAUAGUAGCCGAGGAACGGUCACAGGGUGAACGAAUGCCUGUCUACGAGGGCUUGGAGGAGUACAACCUCGUCGAGAAAAUGGGGGACGGUGCCUUCUCCAACGUUUACAAAGCGGUCAACAAGAAGACUGGCCAGAAGGUCGCCGUCAAGGUUGUCCGCAAGUACGAACUCAACUCGUCCCAGAAAGGGCACAAGCAUCUCAAUGAAAACUUCAAGAAACGUCCCAGAGUCACAGAGCGCGCAAACAUUCUCAAGGAGGUGCAAAUCAUGCGCGGGAUCGACCAUCCCGCGAUCGUCAAGCUCCUCGGAUUCUUUGAAAGCGAGGAACACUACUUUCUAAUUUUGGAGCUGAUGGAAGGAGGAGAACUCUUCCACCAGAUCGUCAAGCUCACCUACUUCUCCGAAAAUCUGUCUCGUCACGUCAUCCUCCAAGUCGCCCAAGGCAUCCGUCAUCUGCACGAAGAACGUGGUGUCGUUCACCGUGAUAUCAAACCCGAGAACCUGCUCUUCGAACGAAUACCCAUUGUACCCUCGCGUCAACCUAUCCAUCGACCCUAUGACGAGGAGAAGGAGGACGAGGGAGAGUUCCGACCAGGUGUAGGAGGUGGCGGUAUCGGUCGUGUCAAGAUCGCCGACUUUGGUCUGAGCAAGAUUGUUUGGGACGAAUCCACCAUGACACCAUGCGGAACUGUUGGAUACACGGCUCCUGAGAUCGUCAAGGACGAGCGGUAUUCCAAGAGUGUCGACAUGUGGGCCUUGGGCUGUGUGCUCUACACUUUAUUGUGUGGUUUCCCUCCUUUCUACGACGAGUCCAUCAACGUGUUGACCGAAAAGGUCGCUCGAGGAUACUACACUUUCUUGAGCCCUUGGUGGGACGAUAUCUCCCACUCUGCCAAAGACUUGAUCACCCACUUGCUUUGCGUCGACCCUGCCCAGCGAUACACCAUCGACGAGUUCCUCGCUCACCCUUGGAUCAAGGACGGCCCUCAACCCAUCCCUCCGACACCAUUGCGCGUGCCUGGUGUCGCCAACAAUGCCCCCCUCGACUCGCCCUUACUCGCCUCUGUUCACGCGAGAAACAAGGAGGGCAGGUCACCAGGUGUCGGCGCUCUCAAGGAGGCGUUCGACAUCACCUACGCUGUACACCGUAUGGAGGAAGAAGGCGCGAGGAGACGUGCAUACAACGGUCCUGGCGGUGCCGGUACACGUGGCUUCCUGCAAGGUCUCAACGAGGAGGAUGAGGAAGAGGAGAAUCAGAUGGAACUGGAGGAAGCCCGCCGGAAACAUGGGGAAGCCGUCGCUAGGCAGAUCCAGGAGCACCAAGGCCGAGCGGCUGCCAAUGCCAAGGCUGGAAUCAAAGAGCCCAUCGUAACACACUACGUCGGUCGUGGCGGAGCUGAUCGUAAACAAGCCGAGGCGGUCUUGUACGAUGGACGAGCUGGACAAAGAGAUAGAGGCGGACGUGGUGGGAAGGGCAACUUUGAGCUUGACAUGGGCAACGCGACAUUACUGGGACGAAGAGGGAAGAAGAUGGCUGCUAGUCCGCUUGGCCAGACACCGGCUACUGCGGGCUCACCAAUGAGGUAUUAA